AUGAGCUAUGACGGUAUAGAUCCGACAAAAAAGCCUCGGCUACCCAAACUAUUUUGCAACCCAACGGCAGCUAAAAACCUACGUGAAAUGAACAGAAUUAUCGCUGCUGAUAUUAGCGACCAAACAGAUUUUAAGGACCUACACGCCAUGAUCUAUGCUGGGGCGUUCGCGGUUCUAAAGCUAAACGAUCAGAGACCUACAGAUGUAACAAGUCGGAAAGGAACUAAAAGGCAGCCAGCUUGGGAAAGGAGGCUAAGCAAGAACAUAGAUAAUAUCAGGAGCGAUAUAGCUAUCCUAACGCAGUACCAAAAACCGACAUACAGCCAAAGAGUGAAAAAGAAAGGGGACACAAUAAUGCGACGAUAUACAUCGGAAGAAAACCCAACCAUAGUCGAAGUUUUGGACCUUCUAAAGCAGAGACUAUUAGCCUUAUCUCAAAGAGUGAAGAGAUAUAAGAAGAGCAGCCAACGUCGUAAACAAAACAUCCUAUUUCAUAGAAAUCAGAGAGCAUUUUAUAAAUCUGUGGGCAAAGAAUCAGAUCGUACACUACAAGGAAAAACAUCAUUUCCUAACACAGAAGACAUAAGACACUUCUGGAGCGAUAACGAGUCAAUGAUCUUUGCAAUGCCUAAGCACAAGUUGUUUAUUGGAGACAGUGGUUACCCUUGUUUACAAUAUUGCCUAACUCCAUUUCAAGAUAGAGUAUCUGCUGAGAGGGCUGGUGAAAAAAGCUACCACGAGCCGGAGUUAGCAUCUCAAGGUUGGUUAAGACGCUUAGUUGUCCUAGCACCCACCGUCUUUACGUCUUUACGGUGUCGUAUAUCCUUUGAUUACCUAGCGUCCGGAGACGUUGCCAAAUCUGUCAGUAAAUAUGUUUGUCCAAGUCAUCUAUUCAUUCCAGUAACUAUUUUCUCUAUGAAUGACAGAAUGGUAACAACAAGUUCUAGUAUAACCAUUCUACAAGAGAAAUCAGAUUGGCAUCUGGUUGAGUGUAUAAAACAAGGGGAUUCAAGAAAAAUGGACAGCAUAAGAGUGUUUAAAUAA